AACAUGUUCUACUCUCAGAGAUUCUCUCUGUUACCUCCGUUAUGCGCAAGAACUCUCGGUGGUCGUCGUCUACGUAUUUCAUGAAUGCUCGGGGCUCUGCUUUGGGCAGCAAUCUCGGCUUACGAAUAUCGAGUCGAUCCCUCAAUUCUGACGAUGAAAGGAAACGUAGUAGCGAAUAUGAGCUGAUGGCAGGAUUCCAUGAUCUUAAACGGGACCUUCGAGAUAUUGAAGACCUCGACACUGUACCACUGUCUAAUAUUCUUUCACCCUUUUUCUCCAUUAUCCGCUCGCCCCUUUCGACUGGACCCAUAACUUCUGCAGCGUUGUCUGCGCUGCACGCCUUUUUCGUCAGUGGUGUAAUUUCCCCGAGCUCACUCGAGCUGGAAGUCGCCCUAUCGGAGCUCAGUCAUACCGUAUCCCACUGUAAAUUUGAGGCAAGCGAUAGCUCUGGCGACGAGGUGGUUAUUCUGAAGAUCAUGACCGUCAUUCACGAUAGCCUGUGUGGUUCUAAUGUUGGCGGGUUACUGAAUGACGUGGAGGUAUGCGAAAUGCUGGAGACUGUUUUGACUACUUGCUGUCAGAUGCGCCUAAGCGAGAUACUUCGCCGAUCCGCUGAAAAUACGAUGCAUGCACUCGUCAGAACUGUCUUUUCACGACUACACUCGCUAGAGCCAGCUGAAGAAGAGACAAAGCUAGGCUCUAGUGAUGAAGAUUCGGCCGAAGGUGAAGUCAAGAUGAAGGUGGCUUCAACUAAACCAAUACCCGAUAACUCAGAGCGACCAUCUGAAGCAGCGCAAGAAGAAGCCGUACAAGAACUUGUCGAAGAACGAAAUCACGUCCGAGAUGCUGAUUCACCUGCGUCAAUGUCAGUUUCAUCUUCCCGCACACCUUUCAGCUUACCCUCUAUAUUGGAGCUUUUGAGGGUCAUCGUAAAUGUUCUGGAUCCUAACGAUCAGCAACACACAGACUCUACUCGUUUAGUUGCCCUAGGAAUCCUCAAUUCUGCCCUUGAGGAGGCAGGGCCACGUAUUGGCGCCUUCGCCUCAUUGAAGGGGUUGAUUCUUGACCCGGGAUGCAAGUUUCUUUUUCAGCUAGCACGAUCGGACAAUUUGACAGUUCUACAUGCUACUCUCCGCACCAUAUCGACAAUGUUCCUUUCAAUGCGUGGUCAUUUGAAGUUACAGCAAGAGUUGUUUCUCGCUUUCACGAUCGACAGACUUGCGCCCCCAAUGCCCAGUGGCGGGGGUAAACCAAUCCAAAUCCCAAUGGCCAAGAAACCAACCGGAUUUCCGGCAUCACCUAGACCAGCCACCCCAGCCCUUGGACCUUCGGAACUUGAGCCUGAUGCCGAACAAAGUUCACCAACCCCAACACGCGUGCUUGUUGCUCCUGCUCGCGGGGAGACAAGAGACUUAUUUUUAGAGACCUUGAGCCAGAUUUCACGUCAUCCAAGCUUCAUGGUAGACCUCUACACCAACUAUGAUUGCGAUAUCAAUUGCGAGAACAUAUUUGAAAGGCUCAUCGAAUUUCUGACGAACGCUGUCCAUCCGUGGCAUUACACCGGUGGUGUGGAUGUACAACAACGAAAUGCUCAGUACAUGUGCUUAGAUAUGUUGCUCGCUUUUGUGAACGACAUAGCAAAACGAGCAGAGGGUUUAUCCGAAGAAUGGCCCCCUACGUAUCGUUCAGCUGAAAGUAUCAUGCAAGUCAAAUCACAGAAAAAACUCAUUCUGACCGGUGCUUCACGAUUCAAUAUGAAACCGAAGACUGGCUUGGCUUUUCUUGAAGAGGCCGGACUCAUCUACGCGGACCUAUCCUCGGAAGUUACCAAACCAAUGAGCCUUGCGCGAUUUUUAAAGGGAUGUUCUCGCGUUGAUAAGCGGUUACUGGGCGAUUUCAUUUCGAAGCCGGAAAACAUUGAUAUCUUGAAGGCUUUCAUGGACCUAUUCGAUUUCCAAAAUAAACCGAUCGCCGAUGCUAUGAGAGAGCUCUUGGAGACCUUCCGCCUGCCUGGUGAAUCUCAACAAAUAGAUCGGAUAACUUAUACGUUUGCCUCGAAGUUUUUCGCUGCAGGGCCAGCGGAAAUCAAGAGUGAAGACGCAGUCUACGUGGUAGCAUUUUCCAUCAUCUUGCUUAAUACAGAUCUUCACAAUCCACAAGUUAGAAAACGGAUGACUAUCGAAGAUUAUCAGCGAAAUCUCCGUGGUGUUAAUGAUGGGCAGGAUUUCUCCUCUGAGUUCUUGCGGAGCAUCUAUGAUUCUAUACGAAAACGGGAGAUUGUGAUGCCGGAAGAACAUACAGGGCAACUGGGGUUCGAAUAUGCAUGGAAGGAACUACUUGUUCGUUCACGAUCAGCCACCGACUACAUGUUAUGCAACUCCGCUCUAUUCGACGUCGACAUGUUCAAGAGUGUGUGGAAACCCGUUAUUACGGCCACCGCUUAUGCUUUCAUGAGCUUUGACGAUGAGCAUAUAAUCCAAAGGUCCAUUGCUGGCUUCAGACAGUGCGCCACACUGGCAGGUCGUUUCCGACUUCCCGAAGUUUUCGAUUUCGUGGUAGUGUCCCUAUCUCAGGCUACGGGUCUUCUACCAGAAUCAUUGCAAUCAACCGUGCCCAACUAUCCUGUAGUAGACGUCGAGGGACAGUUCAUCACAGUCUCUAACCUGUCUGUUAAAUUUGGAAUGAACGUGAAAGGACAGAUGGCAGCUGUGGUUCUCUUUAAUAUCGUGAACGGCAACGGCAACGCUUUGCGAGAGGGCUGGACACAAAUUUUUGAAACGUUCCAGAACCUGUUUCUCCACUCGUUACUUCCGACCAGAAUGCUUCAAAUGGAAGAUUUUGUCGGAGGCGCAUCGAUGAUUCCUCUGAGAGCGGCUCAACCUCAGCGUCCAUCUGCAAGAGGAGAUGGAGGUCUUUUAUCCACACUUUCCUCCUAUCUCAUGACACCAUACGGGGCCAGCUCGGAAAACAUGGUUCCUGAAGCAACCGAUUCUGAUAUCGAAAACACUCUCAGUACCAUUGAUUGUGUAAAUUCCUGCCGGCUGGACGAACUGUACAGCCAAAUCAUGCACUUGGAGCAGGAGGCAUUGGUCGCCUGUAUCAGGUCACUAGAAGCACUUGCCCAUGAACGGACAGUUGCAAAGUUGAAACAAGGUUCUGAUGAUGGGUUCAAUGCCAGUCAGGAUGAACAUUUUACCACGCUGCCCUAUGAUCCUGCGUCCGUAUUCCUUUUAGAGACCAUGGUGAGUAUCUCCUGCCAGGCACCACAGCACAUUGAGGACGUAUGGCCAGUCGUAUUUGAGCAUUUGUCUGCGCUACUGUCAUCGACAUCCCAUUACAGCAUACUUCUUGUUGAGCGAGCCGUGGUUGGGAUUUUACGACUUUGUCUGAUCCUCGCGCAAAAGCCUUCCCUUAGAGAUCAAUUGUAUCUGUCGUUCGACCUGUUAUCCGGUCUUCCUCCAGCGACAGCGAAUUCGGUAGCAGAGCAGGUCAUUUCCGGAGUGAUGCUUCUCAUACAGAAACACCGGGAUGUUAUUCGAUCGCAGACCGAAUGGAAGUUGGUGUUUGCGCUGAUUCGCUCAACUAUUUCCAACCCAGAGGCUGCCCGUGCCUCCUUUGACCUUGUCAGCUUGCUUGUUGGCGAAGGGGAACUUCAGUCUGUCAAUGUCGAAAAUUUUGCCGGGAUAUUGACUCUCUUGGAGGAUUUUGUGAUCCAUGCUGGUCUGUCUGCAGAGACUCAACAACGGCAAGGUAGGCGGCAAGAACAUUUGACCGCGAGCGCUCCCAUAGUGGAGCGCGGCAAGAAAGCCGUCGACCUCUUAACCAGCGCAAAGAGAUUCAUAACUCCCAUCAUUGACACAGCUGGUUUGCAGCGCGAGGAAGCCUGGAAGCGACUCUUUUUGCCUUUGUUAUCCUCACUCAGCCGACAGUCGACGAAUGCUGUUCGUGAAGUGCGCCAAAGUGCCAUAAGUCAACUACAGCGGACUUUACUUGCUCCUCAUCCGGUUCUUGACGAGGCAGAUUCUACGCAAGUCGAGGAAAUGUUCAACCGCGUUAUAUUUCCCCUUCUGGACGAGCUAUUGAGACCCCAAGUAUUCCAGCGAGAUCCUCAAGGUAUGAUUGAGACUCGGCUGAGGGCAUCUGCAUUGCUUUGCAAGACUUUCAUGCACUUUGAAGUUCGUGAAAGUCAGGCUCAAGCAGAUAUUCGCAUACUAUGGAUAGAAGUGCUCGAUUUGCUGGAUCGCUUCAUGAACAUUAGCAAGGGUGAUCAACUGUACGAAGCAGUCCCCGAAUCUCUAAAAAACGUAUUGCUUGUUAUGCAUGCCGCUCAAAUCCUCGUCCCCCCUGCUCCAGAAGAGAUGCGCGAUCCAAGGCAACGAACGCUGUGGACAGCGACGUCGGAACGUCUGGAGCGUUUCUUGCCUGGCUUCCUUUCCGAAGUGAUUCCUUCCCCUGCAUCAUCUUGA